GGUCAAUUAGGGGAGGCAUCGGGGAGUACACACAGCUACUGUGAUAGGUACAAGUGGUAGAGUAUAACAUACAGUACGUCUGCGGGGAAAAAUAGGUCUUCACUCAGUAUCGGAGCUUUGAGCCAAAAUAAAUCCCAGCGAGCCUCGUUCUACCACCACAACCCUCGAAAUCUCUCGAAUACAACAAUCACCGUUCGACGACUCUGCCUCUUUGCACUGUCCACCUCAGUAAAGACAUCCUUGUCGACCAGAUUCCCUUACAAACAACCCUCAACCCCAGUCCUGCACCCCCAGCAAGACAAUGGAUACCACGACCACCAACCCGCGAGGCAUACCCAGCUUCCCUUUCAUGAGCAAUGUGAACGAAUACGUCAAGUCCCUCUCAGACGUGGAGUCGACACUCCAGCGCUUCCAAGAGAUGAUAUCCAAAUACACCUUCAUGCAACAGAACGUGGAGCGCCGGCAAGCUGGUCUCAAAGAGAAAUUACCCGAAAUGAAGCGCACCCUCGAAGUCGUCAGGUUUCUGAAGAAGAAGAGACAAGCCCUGGCCAACAAAACCGAGGAUGAUGACGACUUGGAUGAUCUGGACGACGGCGAGAGCAAAAGCAAGGACACAAUAGAGACAACAUUCAGUCUCCAAGACACCCUGUACGCCAAAGCCCAGAUCAAAACGGCCGAGAUUGACGAAGUGUACCUGUGGCUCGGAGCGAACGUGAUGGUCGCGUACCCGCUCGACGAGGCAGAGACACUAUUGUCAGGGAAACUAGAGACUGCCAAAGACUCGCUCAAAGCCGCGGAGGAGGAUCUAGAGUUUUUGAGGGUGCAGGUCACGACGCUGGAGGUCGCGGUUGCGAGGGUGCAUAAUUGGGAUGUGGGGGAGAAGAGGAAGUUGAGGGCGCAGGGGAAGUUGAAGGAUGGUGAGAAGGAGGAGAAGGACUGAGAGAAACAACGACGCCUGGAGCAGUAUUGCCUGCUGGAAAAAAAACCACUGCAAGCAAGGCUUCCUGAGUGCAGCUUGAAGAGUACAUGCUAGCGUAUCGUGUCUUUCGACUUGGCCGGCAAGACAACACUCGGCACAACGGUUGCAGCCAGCACGACCCGAGCGGAGCAGAGGCUAUCGGCC